UCGUUCCCCUCCAAUAUUCCCGGCCGCCGCCGCUGUCGCCGCUUCCUAACCACCCCGUCGAGCAUCCGCCGCCGCGGUCAUGAGCCCCACCGCCGCGGUGGCACUGAAUCGCCGCAUGCGCAGUAAGCCGCCGUCGUUCGCGUCCUCCCGCAGGUCCAAUGAUCUCACCGUCGCCGCCGCCAACGGCAACGGCAACGGCUACGGCAAGUUCUCCCCCAAGCCCCGCUGCCCCAGCCACGCCGCAGGGGAGAGGACUGUCAAGAAGCUCCGGCUGUCUAAGGCGCUGACGAUCCCGGACGGGACGACGGUCUCGGAGGCGUGCAAGAUGAUGGCGGUGAGGCGGGUCGACGCCGUGCUGCUCACCGACGCCAACGACCUGCUCUCCGGCAUCUUGACGGACAAGGACAUAGCCACGAGGGUGAUUGCCGAGGGCCUGCGUGUUGAGCAAACACUCGUCUCCAAGAUCAUGACAAGGAACCCUGUGUAUGUCACGUCUGACACACUUGCUAUUGAGGCGCUGCAGAAAAUGGUCCAAGGGAAAUUUAGACACCUUCCAGUUGUGGAAAAUGGUGAGGUUAUUGCGAUGCUAAACAUUGCAAAAUGCCUCUAUGAUGCGAUAUCAAGACUGGAAAGGGCAGCAGAGCAGGGAAAUAAUGCGCUAGCAGCUGCUGUAGAAGGGGUUGAGCGUCAAUUAGGGGGCAAUGUCUCAUCUUCCCAAAAUAUUAUAGAGACUCUGAGAGAACAGAUGUACAAACUUUCUUUGUCAACCAUUAUCACGGAGAAUACAAAAGUAGCAACAGCUUCACCUUCAGAUCCUGUUUAUGUAGCAACCCAGAAAAUGCGUGACUUACGAGUUAAUUCAGUUGUUGUUACUGCCGGAAAUUCACUGCUAGGAAUCUUUACCUCAAAGGAUGUGCUUAUGCGGGUUGUGGCGCAAAAUCUUUCACCUGAGUUAACUCUAGUAGAAAAGGUAAUGACUGCACAUCCCGAUUGUGCUACAUUAGACAUGACAAUCCUUGAUGCACUACAUAUCAUGCAUGAUGGUAAAUUCUUGCAUAUUCCUGUUCUCGAUGGAGAUGGGCGGGUCGUUGCUUGCUUGGAUGUUCUGCAACUUACUCAUGCAGCCAUUUCAAUGUUUGAAGGAGGUCCUGGGACUGCAAAUGAUGUGGCGAACACAAUGAUGCAGAAAUUCUGGAACUCCGCUCUUGCUCUAGAGCCUCCAGACGAGGAUUUUGAUAGUCACAGUGAAUUAUCUUUAGUGACGCCAUCAGAGGCUGGGGAUGGCAGGAGCAGUAUGUAUCCUCCUGCUGUUGGUAAUUCAUUUGUCUUUAAGCUUCGGGACCAGAAUGGACGUAUGCAUAGAUUUACUUGUGGGUAUGAGAGUUUAGAUGAGUUGAUAUCUUCUGUAAUGCAAAGAUUAGGCAUUGGUGGUGAAAAGAGCACAGUUCAACUUUUGUAUGAGGAUGAUGAAGGUGACAAGGUGCUCCUUACUACAGAUUCUGAUCUUGCUGGUGCUGUGCUCAAUGCCAAAUCAUCUCGAUUAAAGACUUUGAAGUUGCAUAUUGACGACUCUGAUUCCAAAAACAAAGUAGCAGCACAACAAUUGUCAGAGCUAGAACCAUCCCACGGAAUUGAGUUGAUGGAUGUUCAUUAUGGUCUGAUGGCUUGUGGAAUUGCUCUAACAGGAGUAGCCAUGAUGGUUUUCUUGAGACACUCCACAGUCUAAAUUUUUCAAGGGGAAUGUAUAAUUUUGUAUUUAUAUAUACAGCUAAUAUGUAUAGAUGGGUGGCACGCCUUGGCUCAUUGAGAAGGCUAAGAAUGAAGAAAACAAGGGUCAUCAAUGGUGCACUGAGUUCAUUUGUGGCCCAAAAGGAAUCAGCUGACUGUCAAGUUCUCCAAUUGGCUCAGUGCAGUGGUGGGAAGGAAGCCUGUACAACUUGAAUCCGGUGACAUCUCGAGUAAUCUUUGUAACUAUGUAUAUGCAUGUAAGAAAAUAAAGACUGAAUCUCUCCUCUGUGUGGGUGGGUUGGGUUACAUCCCAUGGUUGAGGUACCCUUUUUCCCAUGGGAAUUUGCAUUUUUCACGGGUUUGAUGAAACCUGUGAUUUUUACAGUUUGUUUUUAUAUCACCACCAAUUUGGCGGUGAUGCUGCAAGUAAUCACUUGUAGCGUGCUGUAUAACCAUGUACAUAUGCAUCUGUGGGUACGAAACCAGUAAUGAAUGUCUCCUAUGUUGACAUGUUGUGUUCU